UCUACAUCAUGUUUUUCUGUACGGGUCCUAACAUGGGACAGUAGAGUGUUCUAAAUGUUUGUGCUGAUUUGUUUUGAACUAAAUUUUAUCGACAAGUGAAUAAAGUAAAUUAUUUCUUUUACAACUUUUGAAAAUGACGACACUUAGACCCUUCACAUGCAAUGAUUUGUUCAAAUUUAAUAACGUGAAUUUGGAUCCCCUCACAGAAACAUACGGACUAUCGUUUUAUAUGCAUUAUCUUUCACAUUGGCCAGAAUACAUUCAAGUGGCAGAAUCUCCAAGUGGUGAAAUUAUGGGUUAUAUCAUGGGGAAGGCUGAAGGUCAUGGAGAAAAUUGGCAUGGUCAUGUAACAGCCCUCACAGUUUCUCCUGAUUACAGAAGGUUGGGUCUUGCUGCAAUGUUGAUGAAAUAUCUUGAGGAUGUAUCAGAAAAGAAACAGGCAUAUUUCGUGGAUCUCUUCGUUAGAGUAAGCAACAAGGUGGCUAUUACGAUGUAUCAACAAUUAGGAUACAUUGUGUAUAGGACAGUAUUAGAAUAUUACAAUGGAGAUCCAGAUGAAGAUGCGUAUGAUAUGAGAAAAGCCUUGUCAAAAGAUGUAAAAAAGAAAUCUAUGAUUCCAUUAACACAUCCUGUGAGACCAGAAGAGGUGGAUUGAAGCGUUUGAACUUAUUGUACUGUCACAAAAACUGAAAAAUUAUGACAGCAAUAACGUUUAUAUAGGCUCGGAAGUGUUCCGUUCAACAUCAAAAAUUGGGAAGGAACGUAUCGCU